GGCCAGGCUUGGCAAGCCGAGAAGGACCCCCUGGGAGGCUCUGCGCCCAGCCCGCCCAGCCCUCCUGCCCGGAACACUCUGCUGGAGUCUGCCAGCACCCCUUCUUUUUGUUGGGACCUGAGGGCCGGGCUCCGCCCCUUCGCUCAGAUCCGGAGCUCCAUGCCACCCGGGGCCAUCGCCAUAGCCACCCAGCUAGCACUAGUCCGGCACUCUAGUACUAGCUGAGCAACGGGGGGCGUGGGCCGCGACCACGGGGCAGGGAGCAAGGGGGGAUUGGGUGAGGGGAGGAGGGGCACGGAGGAAAACGGAGCGGGUCAGCAGAGAAGUCAAGGAACUAAGGAGCAAAGGCUGGCGCCGCACCGCCCAGCUCUCCUCAGGCUUGCUCGCUCUGGAGACUUGCGGGCUGCCUCCUGGGCUCAUCCGCCGGGUCACCUUGUCCCGGAGGCGUCCAGGAGAUGCGGAGGGGCUGUUGUGCAAAGUCGGUGGGAGCUACUGAACACAAGACCUGGCAGCCCAAUGAAGCGGGGCUGCCCCGGCUGUCAAGGCCCGGGGUGUUCGUAGGCAGGCUCCCUGAACGGAGGCGGGGACUCCUGGAGCCCUUCUCAGUGGAAAAGAGCAAGACAGGCAUUUGAGCUGUCUGCUCCCUGGCAGCUGCGACAGUCUGCAGUCCUGAUAGUCACCAGCCCAGGAGCGGAGAGGGAAGCGAGUGGAUGCACCUCUUGGGUUCAAGUUCUAGUAUCGAUUUCCCUAGGUGGUAUGGAUUCCAUGAGGCAAGUGUAAUCCUGACAUCCAGCCUUACAGCCACAGCUUGACACCCAGUUGGGCAGGAAGGGCACCAUGGAUGGCUUAAUUGAACAGAAGAGUGUGCUGCUGCACAAUAAAAUCAAUGAUGCUGGCAAGCAGAAUGGCUUAAUUCACACCAGAAACUUCAUGGCUGAGAGCAGAGAUGGCCUGGUAUCUGUUUACCCAGCACCCCAGUACCCAAACUGUCGGGUGGUAGGCAGUGCAGCAGUGGCCACCCUGGAGAGCAGCAGGGAUGAGCCAGUCCAGCACCUUCUGGACCCCAACACCCUUCAGCAGUCAGUGGAGUCCCACUACCAUCCAAACAUCAUCCUCUACUCCGAGGGCAUGCUGUGCUCCUGGGGAGAUGGUGUGGCUGCCGACUGUUGUGAGACCACAUUCAUUGAGGAUCGGUCCCCUACCAAAGAGAGGCUGGAGUACCCUGAUGGAAACUUCAUUGACCUCUCAGCUGAUGACAUCAAAAUUCACACCCUGUCCUAUGAUGUGGAGGAGGAAGAGGAAUUCCAAGAGCUGGAGAGCAACUACUCCAGUGAUACAGAGAGUGAGGACAACUUUCUCAUGAUGCCCCCACGGGACCACCUGGGCCUCAGCGUCUUCUCCAUGCUCUGCUGCUUCUGGCCUUUGGGCAUUGCAGCCUUCUACCUGUCCCAUGAGACCAAUAAAGCCAUGGCCAAGGGGGAUUUCCACCAGGCCAGCACCAGCUCUCGGCGGGCCCUGUUCCUGGCUGUGCUCUCCAUCACAAUCGGAACAGGCAUCUACGUGGGCGUGGCUGUGGCCCUCAUCGCCUACCUCUCCAAGAACAACCACCUAUAAGCUUUUUCUGGGCACAGAGGGGAAAAAGUUGGGGCCAGUUGUGUGUAGAUGCAGAGCAAGAAGGACUAGCAAGGGAGAAACACCUGUGUGAUGAUGUGUAGUAUAAAUUAUUGCCAAAAACUCCAUAACACCCUGAAAUUUUCUACCCAUAAAUUUCUUUUGUUUUUACCCUUUAAUUUUCAUAGCACUGUGUAGAACAUGAGAUAGAUAAGCAUUGCUAACCUUUGCAAGUGGAAGCUUCAGAGAUCCUUACCCUUGAUGCUGUCUUUGGAUGGAUUCUGGUAGUUUAAUGACAGUGCAGCUCUCUCUGCAGCCUGCCAGUGCCUGGAAUGCCAUUGCAUUAGCAAUAUACAAAUAGUAAAAAUGUGUUUAUUUUUUAUGGAAUAUAGCACAAUAAGCAGAAGGCAGGGGAUGUGUCAUUCUUCUAUCUGUUGCCCUGCUUGACUCCUCUGGCAUGCCCCCAGUCUAUGCACCUUCCAUACAAAAAGAAAACAGUGCUGAGCAAGAAGAGACAAAACUGUUGGCAGAAACACCACUGUCAUUGGUUUUCAAUGGGUCCAGUCCUGAGAAUUCAAAGUCAUACUAGUGUGGGACCUGUCCCCAGGCCCAGUCUUUCAUUCCCUCCAUUCCCCAACCUAGGAUCAUCUGGCAUCCCUUGGAAGAUGUACAAACUCAGCAGUCACCACACAGAAAUUUGUAGUCUUGGGCCUCAUUUAUCUAGGUUUGGGGGGAGCAGGCCACAGUCUGUCCCAAUAUUUCUCCCAGAAGGACCUGAAGGUUUGCUCCAAGAACUCAAGACAAAGGAGCUAUGGACACCAUCUCAGCAUAAAGACACACGCUUUGGCAGUCACCUUGGUGAUAAGCAGCAGCACUAAUGAUCUAAAAAGGAGAUGAACAUUUUCUGUUGACUAAAUGAAUAGUUAUUUUCUUGUCAUUUUUUAGUGCAACUAUUGCUUCAGGCUGCUUAAAUUAUCAAAUGAAUGCUGAGAAAUAAGUAACCACAAACAUUUUAAUGCCAUUUUAUUGCUGUUUCAUGAGUGUUCAUUAUUUAGCAAAAAUUAUCUUUUAGCUCGUUUGCUUAAAACUUUUCUCUCUGAUUAAUACUAUUUACUGGGUUUCACUUAGUGUUUUUACUUGUUCAAAUAACUACAGAGCCAUCCAGGACUCAGCUGCUGAAACAGUAGUAGGGUCUCUAAGAUGAGAAUUACAUUAUCUCUGACCACUUGAACACUG